AUUAUUGGUAUUAAGAGUACACUCGCUAGCUUCUCAUCUUUCAUCUGUCCUUUACUUGGUUAGCUAACUUGACUGCCGAUGAUACCAUUAUUAAUUCUCAAGUGCUACAUAAUUGAGCAAUAUGCAUUUCUUAUCCUUUCUUCUUUAGUCAGGUAUGAUUUAUACCCCCAAUACCUGCAUGUCUUCUGAGUUUGCUUACAUUUCAAUCAUUUAUAGAUAGUAAGAAGAAAGGUAGCUGAACAUUUCAACUAAUAAAUUGUUAAUAACAUAAGUAUGAUGGUUUUUCUACAAGGAAGUAGAAUAACAUUUAUCUAUUUUCUGCUACUAUGUUCAUGCUUAUAUCUGCAUAUAUCCACUGCCAUACAAAAUUUUAGAGCUACCCAAAUUCUCAAGAAUUCUAAAACCAUAGUAUCAAGAAAUGGUAAUUUCAAGCUGGGAUUCUUUAGUCCUCCAAACACGAAAAAUCGAUAUCUUGGUGUGUGGUAUAACAAGGUUUCAGUCAUGGAUUGUAUAUGGGUGGCAAAUAGGAACAACCCCCUACAUGAUUCCUCAGGUGUACUAAGAAUAUCUGAAGAUGGAAAUCUUCAAGUAUCGAGUGGGGAGAAUGAUUUUCUUUGGUCAUCAAACAUCUCAACACGACCUACAUCCGGUUGUUCUCGUGUUGUUCAGCUGUUAAAUUCCGGGAAUCUGAUUCUCCAAGAAUUUUGUACUAACACGACUAGUGGUGAAAGUAGCAGUAAAAUUGUGUGGGAGAGUUUUAUUCAUCCCACAAACUCAUUAUUGCCAGAAAUGAACCUUAGCCUGACUGGUUCCAACAUGAGAGACGCGUUACAAUGUUGGAAGAGCCCUUCUGAUCCAUCAUAUGGAAGGUUCUCAUUAGGCACAGAUUCUCUGACUCACCCUCAAUUAGUUAUUUGGGAUGGUGAUCAUCCAUACUGGCGAAGUGGUCCAUGGAACGGCAAUAGUUUUCUGGGAUUGCUCGAUGCUGAUCUAUUUACUGACGAUGCUGAUACCUAUAUUCAGCAAAAUAACCAAGGGAAAGUUGAUUUGGUAUAUAGUGGAGUACACAAGUUCUCCUUUCCACACUAUGCAUUCGACUAUGAUGGGACGAUAAACGAGAUAUGGUGGGAUUUCAGAAAGAGGCAAUGGAAGACAAAAUAUAGAGCUCCAGAUGUUGAGUGUGAUUUUUAUGGUAAGUGUGGAGCAUAUGGAACAUGCAACUCCUUAAAGUCUCCAAUGUGUCGAUGUUUAAGGGGAUUUACACCAAAAAGUGAGGAGGAAUGGAGCAAAGGAAACUGGUCUAAUGGUUGUGUUAGAAGAAUUUCUUUGCAAUGUGGAGCUGAAGGGAGCCAAGAUGGCUUCCUUGUGCUAAAUAUGGUCAAGUUGCCAGACUUUGCAGAGUGGUUCACAGGAAUAAAUCUGAAUGAAUGCAAAAGCCAAUGCUUGAAUAAUUGUUCGUGUCUAGCUUAUGCUUACGAUGCUGGUGCUGGUUGUUUGUACUGGAGUAGAGACUUGAUUGAUAUUCAAGAGCUUACCAGUGGUGGAGUAGAUCUGUUCCUGCGACUAUCACACUUGGAGCUAGGUAACAAGCAUAAACAGAAAGCAGUUCUUGCAGGAGCAAUAAUUUCCAGUACAGCCUUGAUAGUCUUACUUAUUUGCUUUCUCUUGAGGUGGCUGAUGCAACGGAAAGUAACCACAAGAAAGAUGGUGGAGAAUCGUAAAGUGAAAGACCAUAGGAGCCAAGUUGAGCUCAAAGAAUUACCACAGUUUGAUUUCCAAGCACUGGUAGUUGCUACAAGCAAUUUUCAUGAGAAUCAAAAGCUUGGACAUGGUGGUUUUGGACAGGUCUACAAGGGAACAUUGAAAGAUGGCCAAGAGAUAGCUGUAAAACGACUUUCCACUGCUUACGGACAAGGCUUAAAAGAGUUCAUGACUGAAGUGGUUGUGAUUUCCAGACUUCAGCAUGUUAAUCUCGUCCGACUUGUUGGUUUCUGUACAGAAGGAGAAGAAAGAAUGUUAAUAUAUGAAUACAUGCCUAAUAAAAGCUUGGAUGCUUUUCUGUUCAAUCCCACUAAACGAGAACUUCUGGACUGGAAUAAACGCUUUAACAUUAUUGAAGGGAUCUGCCGAGGCCUAGUCUACCUUCACAGGGAUUCCAGGUUAAGAAUUAUUCAUAGGGAUCUUAAAGCAAGCAAUAUUUUAUUGGACAAAGACCUGAAUCCAAAGAUUUCUGACUUUGGCAUGGCUCGAAUCUUUGGACGUUGCCAAGAUCAAGAAGAAACCAGAAGGAUCGUUGGGACAUAUGGUUAUAUGUCACCCGAGUAUGCGAUGGAAGGUCACUUUUCUGAAAAGUCAGAUGUCUACAGUUUCGGUGUCCUACUGCUAGAGAUUAUUACAGGGAAAAGGAGCAGCGCCUUCUGGUUUGAGCAGUCCUUAACGCUCCUAGGAUAUGUGUGGAAAUUUUGGAUUGAGGGUAAUAUUCUUCCAGUGGUGGAUCCUGUAAUCUCUGAUCCACUUUUGUGGAAGGAGACUGAGAGGUGCAUACAAGUCGGUCUAUUGUGUGUUCAGGAACAUGUCAAAGACAGGCCUACCAUCUCUACGGUUAUGUCAAUGCUUGCUAGUGACAUUAAAGAUCUUCCAUGCCCAGAACAACCUGGGUUUACUAAACGGCUGACAGCAAAUGAUACUGAAUCUCAUGAAUUUGAACAAAGUUCCUCCAUAAAUUACAUGUCAAUUACAAGUCUAUCAGCUCGAUAAACUUGGGAAGUACUUGGGAAGUCUAUCAGUUCCUACAUUGCUGGUGCAUAAUGUACAAUAAUAUUAGUAGUAUGUUAACGCAGAUGUACCUGUUUAUAGAAUUGAGUUGGAAAGAGCAUAUAUAUUACAUUGUGCAAGAUUGCAUUACAGUA